AUGGUCGAUCGUUGUGUAGCAAGAAAACUAGCAUCCGAAGAAGUAAAGAGCUGGACUGGCCCGGUGUUCUAUAUCUCCCAUUUAGCAGUUGUAAACCCGCAUUCCAAUUCUACGCCCGUGAGAAUUGUGUUCAACUCCAGCCAAAUGCACAAAGGUGUUUCAUUAAAUGCUUGUCUCGCAAAAGGUCCAGACAGCUACAUGAACAACUUGGUUGGUAUUCUUCUACGUUGGAGAGAAGAAAGAGUAGCGCUAAUCGGAGAUAUUCGAAAGAUGUUCAACUCAGUUUAUUUGAAGGCCUUGGAACAGCAUUGCCACCGUUUCCUAUGGCGAGAUUUACAGCAGCAUCGCCCACCGGACAUUUACGUUAUACAACGAGUCAAUAUGGGCGAUACACCAGCCCCCGCCAUCAGCACAGAAGCUGUCUACAAGACCGCGGAGUUGUAUCGAGAGGUUAGUCCACAAGCCGCAAAUCUCCUAAAACAUUCCAGUUACGUGGAUGAUUUGAUUGACUCACGUCCAAGUAAACCCGACGCGUUAAAGAUUGCCAAGGAAGCCGAGGAUAUCCUUGCCAAAGGAGGAUUUGCUGUAAAGUGCUGGCAAUUUAGUGGCGAAACACAACCUCGCGUGAAAGAAGAGUUGUUAAAAUUGGACCUGCCAGAAAAGAGUGUUGAAAACUCAGACCAAGGACUAAUAAUGUUAAAAGGAACUGACGAAAACUUACGAGUGCUCGGUCUGGGAUGGAAUCCGAAGCAAGACACCAUCACCUAUGAAGUAACUUUGAAUUUCAGUAGCAAGAGACGCGGAGUUCGAACCGGUCCAAACCUCCUAGAAAGCGACCUACCAAGUGCAUUACCGAAUGUGUUAACCAGACGAAUCGUUCUUGAGCAAGUAAUGAAGAUUUAUGACCCACUCGGACUAAUUUCUCCAUUUACAUUGAUGGCCAAGAUAUACUUACGCGAAACCUGGUCCCGCAAGCUCGGAUGGGAUGACCCACUUCCAGCAGAACUUUGCAAGCUACGAGAAGCAAAGUUCCUCGAGCAGCAAAUGGGACAAUUACCGGAAGCAAGAUUGAAACCAUCUCCAGCUUUCAACCACGUUAUGAUAGACCCUUUCGGACCCUACUCGGUUCGUGGAGAAGUACAGAAAAGAACAAGUGGUAAAGCGUACGGAGUAAUCUUCACAGAUCUAGUUAUGAGAGCAGUCCACAUUGAAGCUGUGUUCGGGUACGAUACCGAAUCAUUCCUAAUGGCCCUCAGCAGAUUCGUCAGUGUUCGUGGUUGGCCCGAAAUCAUAUAUAGUGAUCCCGGAUCACAACUAAUUGGUGCGGAAAGAGAACUCACGGAAACCUGGAAGAGCAUUGACCGACAAUCCCUACAUAAAAGUGGCACAGAGAAUGGAUUGACCUGGAUCUUCGGCCCCGCUGAUAGUCCUUGGUACCAAGGAGCUGUAGAAUCCCUGGUGAAGAGUGCCAAGAGAGCUAUUCAUUUCGCAAUCAAUAACCAACGUCUUUCAGUCCAAGAGUUCAUGACGGUGUGUAGCGAAGCCACGAACCUCCUCAAUGAAAGACCUAUCGGAACCCUCCCGGGCGCUGAUUCCGAAUUAAACAUCCUUACUCCCAACAGUUUGUUACUGGGCAGAGCAACCGCGAAGAAUCCUGGUGGAUGGCAGCCUAACGGUAAUAAUCCAGGAAAGCGUUAUCAUGUUGUCCAGAUCGUGACAGACGAGUUCUGGAAGAAAUGGACGGAGUUAUACGCCCCAACCUUGGUUAUUCGUCGCAAGUGGAAUACAGCCAACCGUAACCUGCGCCCAAGAGAUGUUGUAAUAAUCGCCGACCGUAAUACCUUGCGAGGAGAUUACCGUUUAGGUAUAGUACAAGAAGUGUUUCCCAGUCAAGACGGAAAAGUUCGUCGAGUAAAUGUGAUGUACAAGAAUUUUCAAAUUGGAGAAAAGGUACAAAAAUACAAAGGACAUAACGAGGCUGUCAUUGUGUCACGAAGUGCUCAGCGAUUAUCGUUAUUAGUACCAGUGGAUAUGGAUCAAGACCAGGAAACCAAGUCGGAAGCAAAAGACAGUGUAUGA